GACAACUCCACGGAGAUGGCUUCGGAGCUGGUGGGCUAUGCCUGCGUCUUCGGGCUGUAUGCAGCCUUCGUGCCGGUAUGUUUGUCCAUCACCAACGUGGCCAACAGCAUCCACAUGGGGGUCCUACAGCCGCUCUGGGCCUCUUUGGCUCCCACCAUGGGCCUCACCAUCUUCCUGUCCUUCCUGCCUACCGUUCUUCUGCUGGUCAUCGACAACUUCUACCAGCUCAGGAGUUCCUCCAGAGCUCAGGAGAUGCUCCUGCAGUGGUACUUCUGGUUCCAGGUGAUCUUCGUUCUUCUGGUGACCGCCGUGGGCAACAACUUCCUGGCCUUCUGCGAGGAUGUGGCCAAGAGCCCCUUCUCUGUGCCGCACUUGCUGGCGAACCAGCUGCCCAAUGCCACGCAUUUCUACAUGAGCUACCUGGUGGUCCAGUGGUCCACCCACAUGAUCAACCUGCUGCGCUAUGUGAAUUUGGCCAAGUUCUUAGGCUUGCGGGCCAUCUAUCCGGAAGAGGAGGCGAAGAAGAAGGCGGAGCCGGAGGACCAGGACUACUACGGCUUCGGGUCCCGCAGCGCGCGCUGGAGCAUCAACCUCCUCAUAGGAAUCGUCUUCGGCACGCUGAACCCGACCAUCCCUUUGCUGGCGCUCAUCAACUUCUUGAUUUGCAGAGUGGUCUACGGCUACCUCAUCGUGGUGGCCGAGACGAAGAAGCCAGACCUCGGCGGGAACUUCUGGGUCAUGAACCUGAAGCACGUCUUGGCGGGAACGGUGCUCUACUGCAUCCUGAUGACCGGCGUCUUUCUGGACCGGGCCCCGACCUUCGUGCCAGCGGCCAUCAGCGUCACCUGCUUGAUCUUCGUUCUCCGCGCCUGGCUUCACUUUGAGCACCGCUUCCGCUGGGAGGCCUUGCCCUUUAUGGAGAUCAUGUACGAAGACAAGGAUAUGAUGGCGGCGGAUGCGAAAAAAGCCCAGGCGAGCUAUGAACAGCCAGAGCUGCGACAGGCGAGGCUCAUCGCGAAGUCUGCGAAGUCGUGAGCCCCUUCCCAAAGCGGAAAGGGCGCGGUCGCCGAAAAUUGGCUUUGAAGGAUCCGUAGAAAGGGACAUAGGCGGCAAUAGCAACAAGGACGACGACAAGAACAAGAACA